CCGGCCCAGCAGCGCGUCAGGCCCCCCGCGGUCCCCGCCCCUCCUGCGUCCCGGGAGCCGGCUCGGUCCGGAGCCGCGCGCCGAGCCUCCGGGCAUGCCCCGCUACGAGCUGGCUUUGAUCCUGAAAGCCAUGCAGCGGGGUUGGUACAGUAGGCUUCACUAACUUAGCUGCAACUCAGAAUUUCUCCUCCAGCACCUGAGUAAAUGCUGAUGGUCUUGUGGAGAGUGGAUUAAGAGUACGAGCUAAGUUCUCAAUCCCAAUUAAGAAGCGGAGGAAAAUUUAAACUGUCUCCUUCAAAGUUUAUCACAACCACCACCAUCAAGACAGCAAACCAAAGGACAAAGACUUUGACCUGCUGUGUUGCUCUGUGUAGUCCAGUUCACGUAUGGUUUACAGACUUGGCUGGGGUUACUAAUGAGUAAAUAAAAAGUCGGACACUUCUGUCAUUGGACACUUUUAUUCACAAAGUUACCAAAAUGAGGGCUGUACUGGAGACAGCAGACAUUGCCAUAGUGGCCCUGUAUUUUAUCCUGGUCAUGUGCAUUGGUUUUUUUGCCAUGUGGAAAUCUAAUAGAAGCACCGUGAGUGGAUACUUCCUGGCGGGGCGCUCUAUGACCUGGGUAGCAAUUGGUGCCUCUCUGUUUGUGAGCAAUAUUGGGAGUGAGCACUUCAUUGGGCUGGCAGGAUCUGGAGCUGCAAGUGGAUUUGCAGUGGGCGCAUGGGAAUUCAAUGCCUUACUGCUUUUGCAACUUCUGGGAUGGGUUUUCAUCCCGAUUUACAUCCGGUCAGGGGUAUACACCAUGCCUGAAUACUUGUCCAAGCGAUUUGGUGGCCAUAGGAUUCAGGUCUAUUUUGCAGCCUUGUCUCUGAUUCUCUAUAUCUUCACCAAGCUCUCAGUGGAUCUGUAUUCGGGUGCCCUCUUUAUCCAGGAGUCUUUGGGUUGGAACCUCUAUGUGUCUGUCAUCCUGCUCAUUGGCAUGACUGCUUUGCUGACUGUCACCGGAGGCCUUGUUGCAGUGAUCUACACAGACACUCUACAGGCUCUGCUUAUGAUCGUUGGGGCACUCACACUUAUGAUAAUUAGCAUGAUGGAGAUUGGCGGGUUUGAGGAAGUUAAGAGAAGGUACAUGUUGGCCUCACCCAAUGUUACUUCCAUCUUGUUGACAUACAACCUUUCCAACACAAAUUCUUGUAAUGUCCACCCUAAGAAAGAUGCACUGAAAAUGUUGCGGAAUCCAACAGAUGAAGAUGUUCCUUGGCCUGGAUUUGUUCUUGGGCAGACCCCAGCUUCAGUAUGGUACUGGUGUGCUGACCAAGUCAUCGUGCAGAGAGUCUUAGCAGCUAAAAACAUUGCUCAUGCCAAAGGCUCUACUCUUAUGGCUGGCUUCUUGAAGCUGCUGCCAAUGUUUAUCAUAGUUGUCCCAGGAAUGAUUUCCAGAAUACUGUUUGCUGAUGAUAUAGCUUGCAUCAACCCAGAGCACUGCAUGCAAGUAUGUGGAAGCAGAGCUGGGUGCUCUAAUAUUGCUUACCCACGCCUGGUGAUGAAGCUGGUUCCUGUGGGCCUCCGUGGCUUAAUGAUGGCGGUGAUGAUUGCAGCUCUGAUGAGCGACUUGGACUCUAUCUUUAACAGUGCCAGUACCAUAUUUACCCUUGACGUGUACAAACUCAUCCGCCGGAGCGCGAGCUCCCGGGAACUAAUGAUUGUGGGGAGGAUAUUUGUGGCUUUUAUGGUGGUGAUCAGCAUUGCAUGGGUGCCAAUCAUCGUGGAGAUGCAAGGAGGCCAGAUGUACCUUUACAUUCAGGAGGUAGCUGAUUACCUGACACCCCCAGUUGCGGCCCUUUUCCUUCUGGCAAUUUUCUGGAAGCGCUGUAAUGAGCAAGGGGCUUUCUAUGGUGGAAUGGCUGGCUUUGUUCUUGGAGCAGUCCGUUUGACACUGGCCUUUGCAUACCGUGCCCCAGAAUGUGACCAACCUGAUAACAGGCCAGGCUUCAUCAAAGACAUCCAUUACAUGUAUGUGGCCACAGCAUUGUUUUGGGUCACAGGACUCAUUACAGUAAUUGUUAGCCUUCUGACACCACCUCCCACAAAGGAACAGAUUCGUACCACCACCUUUUGGUCUAAGAAGAGCCUGGUGGUGAAGGAAAGCUGCUCCCCGAAAGAUGAACCCUACAAAAUGCAAGAGAAGAGCAUUCUGAGGUGCAGUGAGAACAGUGAGGCCACCAACCACAUCAUUCCCAAUGGGAAGUCGGAAGAUAGCAUCAAGGGCCUUCAGCCAGAAGAUGUUAAUCUGUUGGUGACCUGCAGAGAAGAGGGCAAUCCAGUGGCUUCGUUAGGGCAUUCAGAGGCAGAAACACCAGUAGAUGCUUAUUCCAAUGGGCAAGCAGCUCUUAUGGGUGAGAAAGAGAGAAAGAAGGAAACAGAGGAUGGAGGCCGGUACUGGAAGUUCAUAGAUUGGUUCUGUGGCUUUAAAAGUAAGAGCCUCAGCAAGAGGAGUCUCAGAGACCUGAUGGAGGAGGAGGCUGUUUGUUUACAAAUGUUGGAAGAGCCUCCACAAGUUAAACUAAUACUAAAUAUCGGACUUUUUGCUGUGUGUUCACUUGGAAUUUUCAUGUUUGUUUAUUUCUCCUUAUGAACUUUUUAAGGAUAUGAUGAGACACUAACUUAAGAAAAUACUGGUCUUUGGAAAACAAAACAAAACUUAUGUAACUGUUGCAUCUCUCAGGCAUUGUUUACGCUAUAGGUUUUAGCCAAAUUUUACUUAGCAGAAAAAUCAUCUAUUUGCAAGACUUUAUUUUCCCAGAGAUGGACGAAAGUAAAUUUUCAACCUAAAUGAAGUAAAACUUGUUUAACAGA